GCAGCGCCCAUGGAAAAAAUUCGAGUAAAACUAUUAUUCAAAAAUGUACAGUUUUCAAAGGGCAAAGGUCCAAGAAUCGUUUGGUAUUUGGCCGACCAAGAGAAAGGAAAAACAAUGGAUGAUUUUCAGCAAGAAGUUAUUCGUAGAUUCGGUCUGAAAUCUUCCAAUACUGUGAAUUGCUUUUUGGACAAUGUUUUCAUUCCAAAAAAUGAAAGCAUGUGUAUUCUCAGGGAUAAUGAUUUGGUUGUGUGUGAAGGUGUGUCAGAGAAUGGCAUCACUGAAAGUUGCCCUCUCAUGGAUGAAAGUCAAUCAGCUCAUGACAAGGACAUAUCUGAUUCCACGUUAUUACAGAACUCAUCCUUCCAGAAUGAGACCAGCCUUGCUGUAGCCAAUGAAAAUGAUGAUAAGCAACCUCAAAAACAAAAGAAAAAAUCAAAGAAGAGAAAACACAAGGAAAGUUUUUCUGAAAAUAUAUCAAAAUCUGAUACACCAAUCAACGAUGUUCAAAAUAAUGAAAAAAUUGAACCUGCGACUAAUGAAACCAAAAGGUCAGAGAAAAAGUCCAAGAAAAGUAAACACAGAAAAACCAAUGAUGAUGAUAACGUUGAAGGGGUUAGUCAUAAAAACAUUCCCAAGAAUGAUUCAGUGAUCGAGAAUUUUACUGAGUCUGUUGAUCAUAUUAAGGAAACUAAAGAAAGCAUCAUUGAUACUGGUGAAAGCCAAAAUGAACCAGAAUCAAAUCAAAGUGAUACAGAAAUGGUUGACUCUUUAUCUAUUGAGCAGACAAAGAAAAAAAGGAAGCGUGUCAGAAAACGAAAAAGAAAAUCUAUGGCUGAUAAUGACACUGCAAUGAUUCAAAUUUAUUCUGUUCCAGAAACGUUAACAAAUAAUGCCUACAACAGGCAACCAUAUAAUAUGUAUAAAAACAAUAAUAAAACUGUCUAUAACCAUACUCGUUUCAAUGAAUCUGACGACAAUGAAACAAAUGGACCAGAAAGUAUAGAAAAAAUGUCAAAGAAUGUUGAUAGUGACAAACAUAUUGAAAGUGCAGACUCUCAUCCUGUUACAAAUGAAAAGAAUGACAAUGGCUAUAAGGAAGUACAGCCUGCUACAAGCGAAGCCUUGAUGAGAGCCAAACUUAUGGCCAUUGCUUCAAUGCCAAUUGAAGUCCCACAAGAAUGCCUUCCAAUUCAUUCCCAACCCCCAAAACCAUAUAAAGCACAAAAUUCAUAUAAGCCCUCCAACAAUGAACAACCAGAAAAUAGUGGCAGGAACACUCCAAACCAAAGUAACUCUUGGAAAAAUGGAACUGAAAAUGAACAUAUUGAUUCUGGUGGUAACUUUAUGGAUGCCUUUGAACAGAUGCAACAACGAGGAGUGACAGUGUUUUCUAGACAGAACAGAAGAAAGAGGAGCCAAGGAAACAAUCAUUUUAGGAUUUUGAGCAAGGAAGAACAACUGAAUACAAUAUCUACCAAUGUAUCCAUGGUCUUACAGAAUCCAAUAGAUGGAGCAGUUGUCUCUGUUGAGAGUGCACUAGAUCCUGAAGCUAAAGAUACCACUGAAAGUGACUGUGCUACAGUUGAGAAAGAAGCCCCAGUUGCUGAGCCGUGCCCUGCAGUAGACUACACUAAAUAUCCCAUCCUCAGUUCACCACCUAGAGAUGGCGACACAAUAGCUUAUAAGGUGAUGGAACUGUCAGAGACUUGUGAGCCAGGUAUAUCAGACUAUAAGGUGGGAAAGGUGCUACAUGUUGAUCCUUUGAAAUUGUUGGUCUCCAUUCAACUUAACCAGGCAGAGAGAAAAAUUGAGAGGAGAUUUGAUAUGACAGUGGAAUAUGAAAAUGUAAUUUUGACAGAUAUGUGUACAUUGGCAGUCUAUGAUUGAGCCCAGACUUAUAAAGGACUAACAAUACAGACAGGAUCAGUUAAUCACAAAACACGAAGAGGAUUUUUUGACAUUUUUAAGUUCAAGUACAUAGCCUACCAUAAACUUUUACAGGUGAAAAUAUGUCAUUGCAUUAUCCCUAUGUUCUGCACUAAAAGGUCAUUGCCAAUGGCGUUGCGUCAUAUACGCAUAAAACGCCA